AACAAACGAGAAGGAAAACGUUGGAACGAAAUUCGAAGUUCAGUUUGGUUCGCAGAGCUUGACUUAUCUAUCAAUUUUCGUACUUUUAAAUCGUUGUUUCACUAGUUUGCCGCAGAAAUCAUCUUUUAUUAGCGUUAAAAGUCAUCUAGCAGUGGUCAUAUUUGUAAAACAUGGAAAAUAUUGCGACGAAGAAAUCCAGCUACGACUUUUUGUCUUCCUUAUACAAGUCUCGUGGAAAAUCGGGAGCGUCAAGUCGGAAUGUUCGAGCUCAGCGUGCUAGCGAAAAUCGUCAGCUCUCCAGGAUGGAUGAAGUUUCGAAACGAAGAAGGAUGCCUCUAUCCCCACUGGCUGAUGAAAACGUGGACGACGAGGCUGUAACAGUGGGCAAAAACGAUGUUAAACAAGAUAAAGCUACGAAUCCAGAACUGAGUAGAAGGGAAAAAUUGCUGAAGUGGCGUGAGGAGCGAAAACAAAAGAAAGGAACUGAACCGCAGAAGAAGUCUUUUGUGGUACGGCACGUCAAGUAUGAGCAAGAAGCUCUCUUGUUUGCCAAUGCUAUGAAGAAAGCAACCAAAGGGGUUACCCCACUGAUAAAGCCCAGUCAGUAUGAAGCAAGCAAACCAGCCAAAAGAGUGACAAGGGCUUCGGUCAGGAUUGCUAAGCAAAGUGCAAACCUGGCAACUGACUUUAAAACCAGAGGGGUGAAAAAGGUGGAGUCCAAACCUAAACCAGCAUGUAGUGAUAAACUAAAGGAAAAGAAUGAUAAACUAAAGGAAAAGAAGACUGAAGUCCAACCAGAAAAGACUGGCAGAGUCACAAGACAAAGUGUACAGACAAAGACAUCUUUGUCCGCCAAAGGUGUUACAGCUUCUCGGUCCAGUAAGAAAGCAAUGGCAGCUGAACUUGACAACAAAGUCAAGACAAGAUCUCAAGCCCAGAAGGUUAAAGAUCAAGCUUCAAGUGAAUGCCAUCCCCCUUUGAAACUUGACAAGCAAAGUGGCCAAAUAUCGUCAACUGAAGAAAUAAAACCUGCUCCUGAAAAAUUGAGCUUCCCACCACUGGAGAAUAUAGAGAAUACUGUGUCACUUGGAAGAGGGAGCACAGAAGGAGUGAAAAGAGGUUCUCAGCCAAGUACAGCAUCAAGAACGGAGGCUCAAUCUUUUGCUCCUGAAGACUUUCAGUUCACUGCGCCAAGUGGUGUCAACACAUUCACUUAUUUUGCAAAAGCAUUCAAGUUUCAGCCCCUCAGUCCUAAGAGUGCAGCAGAAUUUAUGUUUCCGACAUCAGCAGCUUCAUUUUUUAGCCCUAAGAGAGACAAACCAACUGACCAGGUUGAGAAUGCUGUUUUGGAGGAUCCUGUAACAGCUUGUCAUUUAAAUACAUGUAAUGAACUAAAAAUACAAGAAAACAAUCAACAAGAGCAAGUUCAUGUUGAAAUGAUUGAUGAUAUGACAGGGACUUGCAGUGCUACCAUGGAAACAUGCGAUGACUCUGAAAAACAGCAAGGUGAUAAUGAAGCUGUGGCAACGAUCACCACUCCUCCCUCAACUGACAGAGAAACCCCAAGCACUCAAAAAUCCCAUGAAACCAUUGGUGAAGUUGUCACAGGAAUGGACGGUGGCAAUGUUCUUGAGACUCAGGAUGUUGAGGAAGAGCAGCAUGAUGCAAAAUAUUUUAGGAAUCUUGUGACAAGGGAGACUGACAGGUUGAAUGAGAUCUGCGCAAAAUGGGAGAAAAUCAACACCGAAGAACAAGGUCUCAGUGAAGAAGUGACUGGUCAGAUAAGGACGACUAUUGGCCAAGCCCAGUUGUUGAUUGAUCAGCGGUUUCGUCAGUUCUCAGGUCUCAUUGAUCUGAGUGAGGAUAAACAUGCAGAGAAGCCAGCAACUGNGGACUAUCUUAGUUCGCACUUUGUCUUCCGUUCCGAUACAUUAACCUGUAACUUAAGGGAUAGUGGCUGUUCAGUUACCAUUCCACAGCCCCACACUAAUUAUUGUAAAAGAAGUCUGUCCUACAGCGGACCUAAACCAACGCCAGGCAACGACGCCAAGCCCAACAACAAACUUGCUACUGCAAGAAACAGAAUUCAGGAAAUGAGACUGGCCAUGAAGGCAAAGAUGGCAGCAGACAAGGAAAAACUGAGAGCUGAGAAAAGACACCAAGAGGAAGAAGCCUUCGUAACUAUUCUUACCCCGGUUAAAAAGAGCAGUAAAAGCGACGGCAGUGAUGAGGUUGUGUUGACACCAGUACGCCGGUCUAUCCGUAAGACUCCACAGAAACGUUCCAUACUUAGGAACAACACCCCUGUGGUGGUGACCACGCCCAAAGUCAUUAGCGAAAACAGCCCUGGGCUUAGGCUUACGCCAGACAAUCACCCCAACAAGCUGGCUAUCACUGGGACUUGCAUGCAGGUUGAGGACACGAGCGAAAUGGACCAUCAGCUUCAGGAGGAUGAAAUGCAGUGCGAUCUCGAGCAACAGGAACCUGCAGUUUUGAAAUCUGCUUGCAAGCCCGCGGAGAACAAAUCUCGUAAGUCUUCAGGAACAGUCACUUUUCAGUCGCCGAACCCCGAAGAGAGCACGCCAGAAUCCGCGGUAGACGAAGUAUUUUGCAGUCCAGUGGUGUCAACUGGCCUGAAUGGUACAGGCUCAUUCGAAAAUAGGGCGAAGAAGUCAACCCCACAGCGUUUCUCGGCGCGCAAGUGCCGCAUUCGUAUGGGGACUCCUUACUACCAGGAGAGGCCUAGAAGAAGAGUCUCCAGGGUUGAAGAAGAUGCUGGUCAUGGAACUGAUAGCCAAGGUCGAAGCUCGUCAGAUUCCGACUCCACAGAUGAUAAAGCUGUACAGCGCUGUCCUGGAUCAGGAUUGAGAAGGUCAGCGCGAAAAACGCCCUCUAAAUACCGCGAUUCCACUCCAUUGGAGGCUCUUUCUGACCAACAAGGAAAGACACCCGUGGAGGUUUCAAUGAAACUGUUCCAAGCGACGAAGGAAUCUACCACACAGGAAACUCCUAAAAAUGGUAUAGAGCAAGACGCGUUCUCUAAAUAUCUUUGCCCAUCCUCCGAUGAAGAAUACCGCGAGAAACAAACCGUGGAUUUUGACCACAAGGCUACGGAAAACCUGCUCCAAGAUAAAGAAACACGGUCAGAGGACUUGGUUGUUAGCGAGAAUGUAAACCUCACCCCACCUGAAGAACCCCACAACUUCAUCAAACCCUCCAUAACAAACAGCUGUGAUCCCAAAACAGGCAGAACACCCAUACACAUCCUCAGGUAUCUCUCAGACAUGGACACACCGUCGCCAAAUUCCCGCCAGAUUACACCAAUGCCCAAAACCACCAUAUUUGUGUCCCCGUCGGAUUCCACCAAGACUCCAGCUCUUACCGACAGCCUCGGGAUGAUGUCACCGGAGAACGUUGUGCGCCGAUUUACCGCCAAAACUGACGGUUCGCCGCUCCUUUCGCUUGCUCCAGUGGCGGGAAAAGAGAGUCAUGCCGCUGUGACGCCAUGCAGUCAGUUAGCUGCGUUUUCUCUCGACGAGUCUCCAGUCAACAACGAGAAGAGAAGAGACUCAGUUUUCUUCGCCCCCGUCUCGACCGCUAUGGUCAGGGCACAAGAUAACUUAAUGUCUUUCUCGCCGGUUGUUGAGGGGAAGGAAGCAGAUGCGUGAACAUCUAAAUAUGAAGUGUCCACAAAGGUGUGAUGCCGCUCAGUCGCAAGUGUAAAGUCACCAUUCACGAAUAAGUGGACUUGAAAAUAAUUUUCCUUGAAAAGCUUUGCUUGUUAUUGAACUCAAGUUAUUAUUAAAGUUCCUGUUAACAGUUGAAGCGGUUUUCCAUAAGACUUUCGUGAAAGCCAAAUAAAAUUUAUCAACCCGAGAGGAGGCCUAGGCACUACGCUGAAAACUAAUCACUGGGCCAAUCAUAGCUAACGCCAUGAACCAAUCAGAAAUCGAAGAAAACUCGCGGGAAAUCGUACGUCAGACAAAACACGAGAUUUAUGCCCUGAGUGAGUGACAAGCCAUUGCUUUCAAAAGUCAGACGAAAACCGCUCUUUGUUCCUAUUUUUUCAAGUAGUUUUAAUUGUUGUAAAUAUUGCAAUUUCA